UCCCCUACAUACGAACCUUCAAGUUGCAAGCUUUCAAAGAUGCACAUCUGUGUUCCAUCAGUGUCAGGUGUGAGUGACCCUGCAGCUCGUCCUCCAUCUCCCAUUGCUCACCAUCCUUCAGAUCCACCUUCUCCCACUACUCCCCUCCCUCCUCCAGUCAGUCAAUCUUGCCUGUUCAUGGAUGCCAGCCCCUGUGUGCCAGCUCUCUUGGGGGCUGAGGCAGAGGUGGCUGCAUCCGCCUCAGCCUCCUCCCUCACAGUGUCCUCCGUAGCCACUGGGGAGUUCUUGCCCCCGGAGGCUCUGAAGGAGAUGAAAGCUAACCUGAUAAAGUUCCUGCCCUUCAAGUAUCUAGCUAAGGAGCUGACCUCCCAGGCGGAAAUACUGAAGAAGGUCCUCAGGGAUAACCAGGAGCACUUCCCGGUGGUCUUCAGCCAAGCCUCGCAUUGCCUGGAGCUGGUCUGUGGUGUGGAGGUGAAGGAGGUGGACCCCAGGGAGCACAUCUACAUCAUGGUCCCCAACCUGGGCCUCACCUGUGAUGUGAUGCUGAGCAGUGGGCAGAGCAUGCCCAAGGCCGGCCUCCUGGUGCUGAUCCUCAGCCUGAUCAUGCAGAAUGGAGACCGCGCCCCUGAGGAGAAGGUCUGGGGAGCACUCAGCAGAUUGGGUGUGUGUGUCGGGAGUGUGCACUGUGUCUUUGGGGAGCCCAGGACACUUCUGACACACGUGUGGGUGCAGGAGGGGUACCUGGAGUACCGGCAGGUGCCUUACAGCUACCCUGCUCGCUAUGAGUUCCUGUGGGGUCCCCGGGCCUAUGCGGAGACCAGCAAGCGGGACGUCAUGGCAUUUCUGCUCAGGAUCAAAGAAAGGGCUUCGAGGGCCUUCCCACCCCUGUCUGCAGAGGCUGCAAGGGAGGAGGAUGAGGCUGCCUGA